UUCCGUGUGUGAUUCUUUCCGUUGGUUUAACUGGUGAGAAAUUAGAUCCUGAAGUUGCGAUCUUAACACGUAGGGAUGUGGUUCGUAUUAAACCAAAUAUUCUGAUGACAUACUGGUUUAAACCAGCGGGCAGUGAGCUGCUCCGUCAGCCGUAACACCGUGGCGUUAUAAUUUUACUGAAGACUGAACACUUUUUUGGAGGCCUGGGGGUAAACAGUUAAGCUAACGUUGAAUAUCCACCAUGUCUUGGGAAGAAUUACCUUGUUUUCUGGCCUCGCCUCUACCCAGUUUUCCUGCCGUCUAAUCCCGCUGAGCGACAAAGGAAGCAGGUAACUUUAAAUUCUACUGCCAAUGCAGCGCAGGGGAAAAUUAUAAAUUACUCAACACCAACGGUUUACUCUAGCUUGCUAGCUUGUGUGCCAUGGCGGACAGCUUUGGAGAGGAGUCCAGCAGCAGUGCCCUUGGCUUAGACGUUACCGGACAGGGCAGCGGAGCCUCGCAGCUGCCGAUUUUGGGUAAUUCUCUGCCGAUGGGACACUCGGCCACUGGCGGUGCGCACUCCAGCUCCAGCCCGGCCUCUCCUCCUCCUGCCGCCGCCGCGCAGAGUGGCCUAACAGCUGUUGUGGCCCCUCUGUCCGCUGUCACUGCUACCCCAGUCAGUUUUGGAAACACAUUGACUCCCGGCUCCUCGCCACCCGUCGUGGCCGUGUCUCCCAGUGUACAUGCCUCCUCUCCUCUCCCCGGUGUUGGGCUAGGAGCAGCAGGAGCGGGCCUCCUAUCUCAAAUCAACGCCACUUCCUGGGACCCAACUCUCAGCACGGACUGGGACAACGAAAAGGCUUCCCAGCAGUGCAUCCUGAGGAUAAAGAGGGAUAUCAUGUCCAUCUACAAGGAACCUCCACCGGGGAUGUUUGUAGUCCCUGAUCCUCAAGACAUGACCAAGAUCCAUGCCCUGAUCACAGGGCCAUUUGACACACCAUACGAGGGUGGCUUCUUCCUCUUCCUGUUUCGCUGCCCCCCAGACUACCCCAUCCACCCACCGCGAGUGAAGCUCAUCACCACUGGACACAACACUGUCCGCUUCAAUCCCAACUUCUACCGCAAUGGCAAAGUAUGCCUCAGCAUCCUGGGGACGUGGACAGGCCCAGCAUGGAGUCCAGCUCAGAGUAUCUCAUCUGUGCUCAUCUCAAUCCAGUCUCUGAUGACGGAGAACCCUUAUCACAAUGAACCUGGCUUUGAACAGGAGCGUCACCCAGGGGACAGUAAGAAUUACAACGAGUGCAUCCGCCAUGAAACUAUGAGGGUGGCGGUGUGUGACAUGCUGGAGGGCAAAGUUCCCUGUCCUGAAGCUUUGUUGAGUGUGAUGGAGAAGUCCUUCCUUGAAUACUAUGAUUUCUACGAGGGAGUUUGCAAAGAGAGACUGCAUCUGCAGGGGCAGAACAUGCAGGACCCAUUUGGCGAGAAGCGUGGCCGUUUCGACUAUCAGGGCUUGCUGGCUCGCCUCAGUGCAACACACAGACGACUACGGGAGAAAAACCUGGCAGAGGAUAACCACAAUGACAACGACUCAGACUCAGACACCAGCUCCUCGGGGACAGACCCUGACAGUCAAGGGAGCUCACAGCCCUGACUUCUUGGACGGUGCUGGGCUUAAAGCCAGACCGAAAAUUAAAGAUGAGAGAACA